AUGUCAUCGUCUAAUACUCCCCAGAAGCCGUCGAUUUCGGUGCAAAAUCUCAGCUAUAAGUUCCAAGAUGGUUCCGCGGGGCUGGAGAAUGUGCAGCUAGACCUCCCUCCCGGCAGCCGGACGCUGCUCAUUGGCGCUAAUGGAGCUGGUAAGACCACAUUGCUCCGUCUGCUCUCGGGCAAACGUCUUGCCCCCACCGACACUAUCUCGGUGGGUGGCAAGGACCCCUUCAAAGAUUCAUUGGAAGGUGUCACUUAUCUGGGUGUGGAAUGGGUGUUGAACAGCAUUGUUCGCACUGACAUCGACGUGCCCACGCUGCUGGCCUCUGUGGGUGGAAACGCCUACCCCGAGCGGAGGGAUGAAUUGGUCGAUAUCCUCGAUAUCGAUCUUCGCUGGCGCAUGCAUGCCGUCUCCGAUGGUGAGCGCCGUCGUGUACAGCUUGCCAUGGGCUUGCUGCGUCCCUGGCAGGUGCUCCUUCUCGACGAGAUCACCGUGGAUUUGGACCUGCUCUCCCGAAGCAACUUUCUCUCCUUCUUGAAGCGGGAGACGGAGACUCGGUCCUGCACCAUUGUCUAUGCGACUCACAUUCUGGACAACCUCGCCCAGUGGCCCACCCAUCUUGCCCAUAUGCAUCUGGGCAAGGUCAAGACAUGGGGCACCGUGGAGAGCUACUACGGUCAGGUGCCGCAGUGGACAUCAGAGAACAGUCGACUAGGCGAGUUGGUCCUCAAGUGGCUCAAGGAGGAUCUGGCUGCCCGUGGACCUCGUAAUGGUGACGGCCAGUCAAGUCAGGGCAAGACAUAUCAGUCCAUGGAAGGGAUUGGUGGCUACGGAUUGGAGAAGCACGAUUAA